AUGGCUGAUUUCGCAAUCCCGCCCAUUGCCGAAACGCGUGUCAAGCAGAUCGUUGACGAUGUGUGCGGCACGGUCUUGGAGUCCGCCGAGUACUACGACCACUCGAAAGUCGCCGACUGGAACUCGACCAUAGUUAACUCCACGCUGAAAGCUUUGAUCGCCGAGGCGACACCUCAAGAUGCACCUGGCCCUGGCUGCAAGUUUGCCUGCAACAGUGUCAUUGUGCAACACCUAGUCCCCACGUCUGCCCUCAACAAGCCCCGAGGCGGUACCGAUGCUAAAGCCGCGGAGUCAAAUUUCACUACCAGCGGCCGCAGGGGUAUGCAUAGCGCCGUUGGAGCGUACUGGAACGACACGAAAGACGGCAUGUGGGUGCAUAGGUACACAGGCGGAGAGCGCAAAGGCCUAGAUGUCAUCGUCACAAUGCUUUGGAUAGCGCUCUAA